UGCCCUUGAACUUUUUUGGUCGUAAUUUUACUGUUUUAGGUACUAAAUCAUGCACCGACUUUGCAUGAUUUAGUACACGUCAAAUUUAAGGGAAAAAUUGCUAAUUAGCUUAAUUUUAUUAAUUUUUUUAAAUAUAAAAAGAUAAUAAUAAGAACUUAGAACUUUCUUUUUUUGAAAAAUACCAGUAACUUUCAUUAAUAAGUAAAAUCAUCCAUAACAAUGGAACGUACUACAGAGGACUUGACGAGAAACAAGAGUCUCUUGUAAUACAAUGGACAAUUCUAUUUGCAGAUCGCUUAACAAAACACACAAUAAUUUAGCGUCAAAAAGUAUUUUCACCCCAAUUACUAUACCAAAAAUAUUCUAAUUGAAACACACGACCUGACGAGAAAUAAGAGUCCCUUGCAAUACAAUGGGCAACUCUGCUUGCAGAUCGCUUAACAAAAUACAUAAUAAUUUAGCAUCAAAAGGUAUUUUCACCCCAAUUACUAUACCAAAAAUAACACUAAAAAAAUAUUCUUUAUUAUUAUAUUAAUUUUUUAAUAAAAUAAAAAAAAAAUAUCAUAUUAAUUAAUAAAAAUUAUCACAAUUGUUAUACUUAACUAAUAAUUUAAAUAAACUUACUAAUUAGAUUAAAGAUUAAUUUUAACAUGGUUUAAUUUUGAAAAUUAUUUAUAUUGUUUAGUUUUUUAAAAAAAUAAAAAAAAAUAAAAUUAAUUUUUACCUAAAUUAUAAUUAAAAAUAAAAAUAAUUUAUCGUAUUAACAUUUAAAUUUAUACGAAAAAAUAUUAUAAAGUGCUUUUACAAUGUAACCCUCUAAAUAAAAAAGUCACACGAUAGAAAGUUUGAAUUUAUUUUUGGCGUGAAUUUUUAAAAUUUUGCAAGAUGUAUUAAAUAACUAUAAUGUACACGGCUAUAACUAAACAAGUCUCACGAAUGCUGAAAUAGGUAGGAGUAUAUCAUUACGCCACUUUUAAAUAAAUGCAUUAUUUUCGGCAUAUUAAAUUUUUUUAAAAUUUUCAAAAUUUUACAGGAUGUCUUAAAUAACUAUAAUAUACUACUAUAUAAAAAAAAGACUAAAAAAGUUUGUCGGGUGCCGAAACAAAUAGGAGUAGAUUUGUACAUCACUUUUAAAAAUGUGUAUUAUAUAAUUUCCCAAAAAAUCAUUCUUAAUUUUACAAAUACAAUAAUAUAAAUAUUAAUUAAAUUAUUAAAAAAAAAUUAUGUAGUGACUACAGUGCACGAGAGAUAAUGUCGUACAUUGUAGAUAAAACCUCAAUAUGAUGCUAGAAAUUAACAAAAAUGUGUAAGAUAGCCUAACCAACAAACGGAAAUUAUUGUUAUGUUUAUAUUUUUCACCUUUAAUUGUAAAUGUUAUAAAUGUAUGUUGUAACUAACCAAAAUGUCUAUACAUUUUUUCUCAAUUUUUCUCAGGAGGACCACUGCCCUUUUUCGCUUCUAUGUGGGUCCACCCAUACCCAUACCCAAUGGAAUUUCCCUACCCCAAAUCCAUCAGAGAUUAAACAGGUCGGGGAACGUGAAUAUUGAGAAGUCAUAAAUGAGAAAUGAGACAGGAUUUGAACGUGCAUUACACACUCACUACCCACCCAAUUUCUAUCCCUAAUCCAAUGUCACCCUUCUAGACCUAAUAAUAUAAAACUAAAAUUAAACGACUUAUAAAUCAACCAUAUAACUGAAAAUAACGUUAUAUAUCAAAGUAUAUUUAUAAUUGACUAUAUUGUGAGAAAACACUUGAAAAUGUCAAACUCUUCAUUCUCUACCACCCUUAAAAUAUGGUUCUCUUCCUAAAUCAAACUUCCAUUUUAAAAUAAUGUGACGGCAUUAAGAUGUUAUUUUCACCAACAAUCAAUAAUUUCAAUGGUCAUAUUCUCCUUAUUUAAAACACACAAUCCAACAAAGACUGCAAAAACGUGUUAUACCUAAUUCAAUUUCAAACCACUCGAAAUCGUGUUUCUUAACAAACUUUUUUUUUAUAACUACCAAAACAAACGAUCCAACGUUUUUUACGAAAACCUUUAUAUAUAAAGACACCAAAUACUAAUUAAUUAAUUUCUCUUAUCCUUAACCAAUUCGAACAAUACUCACCACAUAUAUUCCUUAAUAUCUUUGUUCUUCUUAACAACCUCUUUUUCUCCAACACAAUUCCCAUAAUUCAUUUUUCCCAAAGUUCAACAUCAUAUUUCAUUCAUUAUCAUAAAACCCAAUACAUAAUAAUUUCUUUCUCUUAACUUAUUACAUAAUUUUAUUAAUUUUUUUUAUUUGUGCACACCAAGUGUUCGAUAAAAUGGAUCCAGCCGAGCUAAAGCGGGUUUUUCAAAUGUUCGACAAAAAUGGCGAUGGCCGAAUCACGAAAAAGGAGUUGAGUGACUCGUUAGAAAACUUGGGAAUCUUCAUCCCUGAUAAGGACUUGAUCCAAAUGAUCGAUAAAAUCGACGUGAAUGGCGAUGGGUACGUGGAUAUCGACGAGUUUGGGGCGUUGUAUCAAACGAUAAUGGACGAGAGAGACGAGGAGGAAGACAUGAGGGAAGCUUUCAAUGUGUUUGAUCAAAAUGGAGAUGGGUUCAUAACCGUUGAGGAAUUGAGGUCGGUUUUGUCUUCCUUGGGACUCAAGCAAGGUAGAACAAUAGAAGAUUGUACGAGAAUGAUAAAGAAAGUGGAUGUUGAUGGUGAUGGAAAAGUCAAUUUUAAAGAGUUUAAACAAAUGAUGAAAGGUGGUGGUUUUGCUGCCUUAACUUGAAAUAAUUAACAACAAAAACAGAAAAGGGUUCAAAGAAAAAAAAAAUGAAACCCUUCAUUCAUUUCUGUUUCUCUUUUUCUUUUUUAAAUUAUUUCUUUAUAGGUUAUGAUUUGUUAAUACGAAGAUGAAAAUUAUUUGUGGUUAUGUUAUAUCAUAUUAUCCAUGAAGAAAACAUUUACAAGUUUACAACA